AUGUUCGCCAGAGUCCUUCUCCUCGCGCUUGCCGCCUCUCCUCUCGUUGCCGCUCACGGAAAGAUCGCCGUCAUCACGGGCGAUGCUGGCGGCAACACCACUGCUAUCGGCAUCAAGGGUGCUGUCAUUCCUGGUGCCGGGUCCAAUUCCAAGACGGAAGUCGACACCACCGUCUUCAGCUCUACCAAGAUCGCCACCAACGGUCUGGGCAGGACCAACAGCCAGGGCAAGAACACAGUCUCGAUGGUGGCCCAGGCGCAGGAGCUCUCGGGCUCGACGCUGCCACAAGUCUCGGCUACCAACGGCUCGCUCUCGGGUACCUUUCACAUUGUCACCACGGACGGCGCCGGCCCCCUGCAGGCCAUUGUGGACACGACUGGCACCGGCGCCUUUGCCAGCGGCACCAAGGCCGAAAUUCUGACCCAAGUGCCCGGUGACGGCGGCGAGAUCAAGUCAUCAGGCGUCGUUCGUCGAUUCAUGGUCAAGGUGGGCAUCGCCAAACGGGCGGCCAACGUGAACAAAGACUUUCCUGUUGCCGUCUCUAUCCCGGCUGGAACUACCUGCAACGGCACAGUCAACGGCCUGUCCAACGUGUGUCUCAUCAAGAUUGCCAACUCCAACUCAGCUGGACCGUUUGGUGGUGUCGUGGCCUUCCAGAUGGCCAGCAACACCACGGUCAAGCGCGCCGUCGAGUUCACCUCGUGA